AUGUCAUCAUCCACUGUUGUUCCUAAUCGUGUUCUAAUCGUUGAUAAACGUCUCGUACCAGUCAAUUGUGAACAACUACACUUCGUUCAACUUAGUCAUCCUCGUACAAAACAGUCUCAGUCCUACGCGAUCGAUCAACAGUCAAAAACGAUAUUUGAAGUUAUUCAAUGUACACGUUCACAUUCAAGUUGGUUCAUCAAUGAUCAACACGUCGUACCUGAUGGAUCUUUGUACAUAGUUACGCCAGUAAAUGUCAUCUUUCUUCUUUUACCUUCAAUUUGGUCAGAUGCUCGAGAACAAUUUCUCUCAACAAAAACAUUGAUGAACGGUUCUUUGAAAAAUUUACAAUUGGAUGAAGAUUUUAUUCUGGAGAAACUCACUUCGAUCUGUGAUAUUGAUUCAGAAAAACAUUCGGUUAAACUCAAUGAAGAAAAGCUAAUCCAAUGGUUUCGUGAUCGAGUUGAUCGAUUGAAAAAGCACGUCGAAGAUGAAGAGCAUGCUUUUGAUUUAAUCUGUGAAUAUGUACCCGAUGAUAUCAUCGAAUAUUGUCAACAAAAACUGGAACUUCAUGGAAAUGUUCGAUAUGAGCUUCCGACUGGCCAAAAAUCAGCAGCUGUGAUCAAGAAAACAGUCGAAUCUUCACUGAACAUAUUCUAUAAUGAUACUUUUAUUCUAGGUACACUCUAUCUUUUGGAAAAACGUCAUUCGAAAUCUCAGUCAUCAAACGAGAAAACAACUUUGACGACAAAUGAUAAGGAAGUUUCCAAAACCGUUGUUGAUCAUGCGAAACAAGUGCUAUUCGAACAUCAUCUCAAUUCCAGUCAAUCAUCUUUGUUUCAUGAAUUCCAUCGCAUCCAAAAUAAAUCCGAUUGUAUAUUUGCUAAGCGAGCUCGAUGCUGGAAUGCACCUCAUUGGUUAGAUACGAUUUCAGUCGAAGAUAAUUGCGAACGAUUAUUACCAAAUUUCAUACUCUUUUGUGCAUUUGUACAAGAAGUAGCAAUCGAUGGAUAUGUCAUCGAAAUUCCGCACAAUGAUUUAACAGCCACACUUGAAGAUUUUGGACAAAUUUUGAAAAAAGUUCUUCGUUACCUUUCGGAUCACGAUCCAGCCAAACGGCACUGUAUGAGCGUUGCACCUGAGCGCAUUGGUCAGAAGGGUUGGGUUUUUCAAUUCGAUCGGGUUACCUUUUUCAUCACAACAUUCGCGCCACACUAUCCAGAAAACCAUCCACGUUACGCACACGGCUCGAAAAAGUAUUGUCACAUUCUUUUUCAACCGGAAAUCUCCUUUCUUCGACAUAAUCUACCUGACGAUACGCCAGAAACCAAUUGGUCGCAGCCAAUUACAACUCGAGAUAAGACUCGAGUCGCUUUCCGAGAACACGGAAGAGAAUAUCCAAUUCGACCAACAAUUUACUAUCCACCAGCUCAUGAUAUAAUCAGACCAUUGAGUAACGAUUUAGACGAUAUCAUAGAAUGGUGGUUGUAG